AUGUCUCAGUCGCAACUUGACGUGGUGAAAUCCAUGUACGAUGAGCGCAGCGAAGAGUACGACGAGAACGACGUGCACGUUAAACAGGCUCAGGACUACAUCAAAUGGGCCGCACUAAAGGACGGGGACAGCCUGCUCGAUCUAGCCUGCGGAACGGGCCUUGUGGCCAUAGACGCCAAGCAAGUGGUCGGGAGAUCCGGGCGCGUCGUCGGCGUCGAUAUCAGCGAGGGAAUGUUGAAUGUCGCCCGGCGUAAAGCCCAAGCUGCUGGGCUCGACAUUGCAUUUCACAACCACGACAUCUCCGACCUCAGUGGGCUCGACAUCACGUCAAAUGAUUCUGAGGGAUCCUUCGACGUGAUAACCUGUGCGUCGGCGCUGAUUCUCCUUACGGAUCCUCUCCAGGCCGUCAAAAACUGGAAGUCGGCGCUAAGACCCGGUGGCCGCUUGAUCACCGACGUGCAAACAAAGGACGCAAACGUGGUCAUGAAUAUCUUCUCUGCCAUUGCCCCGGAACUCGGUGAGACAGUACCCUGGCACUCGCAUCUGUGGCAGUCACAACAAGCUCUGGCGACCUUGAUGGUUGACGCUGGGUACCAUGUUGACAAAGUUUUCGAAACCGAGGCAUACGCGAGGACGCAGUAUCAUCCCGACGCGGCUGCCGAGAUCUUCGAAAAGGCUGUCAGCAAGUCCAUGUUCAAGGACUUUGGUCGAACCGAUAUCCGUGAGAAAGCCAGAAGAUUGUUUGUCCAAAAGUUUACCGAGACUGCUGGGACCAAAGAUAUAAUCGACGAGGAGACAAGAUACUGGGUCACAGUCGCCACUAAACCGGAAUGA